AUGCUUCCACGGCUGGUUUGCAUCGCUCUGCUGAGCCUCACAUGGAAAACAGUGAGUGGACUGCCCUGCACUCAGAUGUUUGCCUCUCAGCCGCCUCCCUCCACUGUUAACGGCGUCCGGCCCUCAGACGUGGCUGUGAUCUCCUCCAUCGGACUCCACAUGCACAGCACUGAGCUGUCCACAGUGGUUUCAAGACUCACAGAGCUGAUGUUGAUGUUCAAUCCUGUGCUGAUCAGAGAGGAAACAAACCUUUAUGCCUCUCAACAAAGGACUCUGGUGGAGCAGGCAGAGGACGUGUCCCUCGAUCUCCAGAACAACCAGGUGACGGAUGUGGACCGAGACUGGAAGCUGGUGCUUCUCUUCCUUCAGGUGGAUCGUCUCUGCGCCGUCAAGCAGCCGCAGUCUGUUCUCCAGACGCUGGUUGAAGAGCUGGAUGAUGCUCUGCAGCUUCUGAGCUCUCAGUUAAAGCGCACCAUCGUCAGCGUUGCAUUGUGGGACGGAGAACAGCACAAGACGUGCAUGGACGCAAACAGCGAAGGAGAAGUCAGACUUCUGAGGACCAUGCUGACUCAGUCUCUGCAGGAGUCCGUGGGCGAGCUCUUGGUGAAGAGACGCUGGUACAAUGACAGAGAUGACUUCAGCGUCUCUCUGCAGGACAAACCUCUCAUCACCGGCCCCGUGAGUUCAGCUCAGAGUGGGAGACAUGUGUCGGAGGCCGAAGCUACACAACAAACUGAUAACCUGAUGUUGCAGAUGUGGACAAACCUGCUGCAGCCCACAGUCGGCCAACAAAACAGAGACGACAGUGGACAAAUCAUGACACUGCCAUGUCCCACUGAGGACCGACCCUUCCUGAGGACGGAGGGAAACUCUCCUUCAAAUAGCCCCAGUGAUGUGUCUCCUCUACUUCUCCCUUUCACAGGAACAGAGAUGCCCUGCGAGGACUUCAGCCCCUCGGCCUCCACACCCUCCUCAGUUCAUGAGCUCAGGCCUGCAGACAUCAACGUGGUGGCUGCUGUGGGAGACUCUCUGACAGCAGGAAACGGUAUUGCAGCCAGCAACAUCCUGGACGUCCUGCGUCAGUUCAGGGGUUUGUCCUGGAGCAUCGGUGGAGAUGACAACCUCACAACUGUCACCACUCUGCCCAACAUCUUGAAGUAUUAUAACGGCAACCUGACGGGCUUCUCUGUUGGUAUGGGCAAAGAGCAGACUCCUCAGGCUUUUCUCAACCAGGCUGUGGCAGGAGCCAAAAGCGGGGACAUACCAUCACAGGUUCGAACCCUGGUGGCGAGGAUGAAGAACGACUCUAGAAUCAAUUUUGAAACCGAUUGGAAAGUGAUCACGUUGUUCAUCGGAGGAAACGACGUCUGUGACCACUGCAUUAACUCUCUGCUCUACUCUGCAGAGAAUUAUGUUCAGAAUGUCCGUGAGAGUCUGGAUUAUCUGCACAAACAGGUCCCUCGAGCUCUGGUGAACCUGGUAGAACCUCUCUACAUCCUCGUGCUCAGAGAAAUGCACAUGGACCCUUCACUUAAAUGUCCAACUUACCUUGUGAAAAUUCUGUGCCCCUGCGUUGUUUUGCCAAAGUCCAACUCUAAAGCUCUUCAGAUGUUGGAGAACAUCAACAGAAUGUAUCAGCGCUCUCUCCAUGAGCUCGUGGAGUCCGGCCGCUACGACACUCGCUCAGACUUCACUGUGGUCAUCCAGCCUUUCCUCAGGGAUAUCCUUCUGCCCAGACUGCCGGAUGGCCGUCCCGAUCGCUCCUAUUUCAGUGCCGACUGCUUCCACCUCAGCCAGAAGGCCCAGACGCUGUUCGCUCGCUCCCUGUGGAACAACAUGCUGGAACCUCUGGGCAACAAAACAGCCGUACAAGAUUUUACUACAGAGAUUAACCUGAAAUGUCCAACCAAGACUUCACCGUAUAUUCGCACCUUUAUCAACAGCGAUUACAGAUACACUGGUCCCCCCCCAACACCUGGACCCAUAACAAACUGGGGGAGUGACUUCUCCUGUGUGGACCUCGUUCCAUCUGACACUGUUCCAACUUCAGUUAACCAGCUGAGACCAGCAGACAUCAUGGUGGUGGCAGCGCUGGGAGACUCUUUAACGCUCGGCACUGGAGCGAAAGCAAAGAACAUCUUUAACGUCAAUAAAGAAUAUAAAGGAGUAUCGUGGAGCAUCGGGGGGGAUGAGGAUCUCGAGAGUGUCACAACUCUUCCAAACAUCCUGAGGAAGUUCAACCCCUCCCUGAAGGGCUUUUCUACGGAUUCGGUUCUUUCCAAACAGAAGGGCUUCAACAUGGCUACCCCUGGAGCUAAGACCUCAGAGAUUCCAGCACAAGUGCAGGAUCUCAUCAAGGCCAUGAGAGAGGAUAAGAAGGUGGAUUUUGAAAAUGACUGGAAACUAGUGACAAUAUUUGUCGGGGGAAACGAUCUUUGCCAUUAUUGCAUAGACCAAAAUACUCUGUCACCUAAGAAUUACAGCCACAAUCUUAUGGUUGGCUUGGACAUGCUCCACAAAGAGGUACCGAGACUGUUGGUCAACGUUGUGGAAAUUUUGGAGAUACUUCCUUUGAAAGCAGUUCAUGGGAAGUCCCUGCCCUGUUCUCUAGUGCCCAGGACCAGUUGUCCCUGUGUCAUUAACCCAGUUGAAAACUCCCCGGAGCUUGAAGAGAUAAAACGAAUCAAUCAUGAAUACCAGAUUGAGAUCCAGCAUCUUCUUUCUGGAUAUCGCUAUGAGGGGAAAGAGGAUUUUGCCGUCGUCCUUCAACCGUUUCUACACAAUUCCUUUAUCCCUCAAAUUGGAAAGGGAGAGGCCGACCCCAGUUUCUUCUCUAUGGACUGUUUCCACAUCAGUGAGCGAGCCCACGCUGAGAUGGCCAUCGGCCUUUGGAACAACAUGCUGGAGCCUGUCGGGAGGAAGCAGUCGUACAACAACUUCACCUACGAUCGCUCCAAGAUUCACUGUCCCUCUCAGGCCAGUCCCUUCGUCUUCACCAAGAUAAACAGCCUUCCACCUCCACCAGUAACUCUCCCACCUACUUCCAGUCCUACUUCAGUCGUCCCAGCGCCGAAGUGCCCCUCCUCUCUGCCCGUGUGGGUGCCAGUGGUCGCGGGAGUCGUCGGUUUACUGGCUGGCAGCAUCGUCGCCUUCAUGCUGCUCUCCUGCAGACGGAAAGACAAAGUGCAGAGAGGAGUGGAAAUGAAGGCCACCAACUUUUAA